AUGGGUCGUUAUACUAAUAGCCAUGCCAAUCCUCAGGGACCAGGCGAUGCACGCCCGACCGCUGUUCAAAUCAUUCAAGACGAGGGCUUGGAGGGCAAGCUUGCAGGCAUAGUGAUAGUUGUGACAGGCGCGACUUCUGGUAUCGGCCUUGAGACUGCUCUCGCUCUAUCUGCCACUGGUGCCACUCUCAUUCUCACCGCUCGUGAUGUACAGAGAGCUGAGUUGGUCCUUGGUGAUCUUGCUAAGCAUCACGAUGUCUCCUUGGUUGAAAUGGACAAUUCGUCGCUCAACAGUGUGCGCAAUGCUGCUCGAACUAUACUCGCCAAGUCAAAUAAUCAAGUCAAUAUUCUCAUCAACAAUGCAGGAAUAAUGGGUGUCCCCAGUCUUGAGACGACCGAGGAUGGCCAUGAGAUGCACUUUGCCGUCAAUUACCUCAGCCAAUUCCUCCUCUUUCAAAUUUUGAAGCCCGCAUUGUUGGGUAGCGCAACUGAAAACUUCCCGUCGAGAGUCGUCAAUGUCUCUUCUUCUGCUCACCGAGCUGCGGAUCUCCCCCACAGCGACAAUUAUAGCUUCCACGGGGGUACCUAUAAGUUUGGUGCAGCAUAUGCUCAGUCCAAGCUCGCCAGUAUCUACAUGGCUAAUGAACUCGAUCGUCGAUACGGACCUCGUCACCUUCGGGCUACGAGCCUUCAUCCAGGUGGCGUCAAUACCAACAUUUCUCGAUACGUCGGAAAGGGAUUUGUUGAACAAAUCAUGGCGAACGAAGCUUUAUUCAAAGUACUAAAGUCUCCGGCCCAGGGAGCCGCCACAACGGUACUUGCUGCUGUUGGCAAGGAAUGGGCAAACAAGGGAGGUAAAUACCUCGAGGACUGCCAAGAAGCAGAGCGCGGCAAGGAUGAUCGUAACACUUUCAGCCCUGGCUAUGUCAGACAAACUUAUGAGCCAGUUAGUGAAGCUCGCCUGUGGGAAGACUCAUUGAGGAUGGCGGGAUCCUUUGUAGAGUGA